AAGAAAUAAGCUGCAAAUUCAGCUAAGCAAAUUCUAUCGAUCUGAGGAUCCAGAUCGAUGUUGGAGUGAGAAUCGAAUUAAAAAAGAGGUGGGCAUUUAUAGCUAUGAAGAAUACAAUAGGAAAGCGGAGCAUGCGCAGGCAUGAUUGAAACUGGUCUCGCCUUGUUUUUUCAUUUGCCACUGAUGCCGCGCCACAGCCAAUGACAUUUCAAACAGCUACAGCAUUCUUGUUGAAAAAACGCGCUUAAAAAAUACAUUUCUGAGAAAUGGCUGAAGAAAUUAUUUUCGCUGCGCUUUUGCUAAUUGCUAUUUUUGUUGACCCCGGACAAGCAAAGAUUCGUAGUGCUGCAUUCAAAAUUACGACAGAGUACCGCCAGCAGGGUGGGGUGUCUCAAUCGCUAGGUGGUCACUCAAGAGAGGACUGUUCCAUGGUCUGCUUGGCUGAUAUGUCGUGUGUUGGAGUUAACUACCACCAGGGCACUGGAGCGUGUGAAACGUACGGCUUUUCCGCUAGAACAGGCGCAAACACGGCGGGUUGGGUGCAUUUAGUUCAUGAUAGAAAAUGUUACGUUACCCAUGGACCUUACGGCAAUCUUCGGGAGUCAACAUUUGAUGACGCAGCUGUGUCGUCAUCAGGGCCAAUUACUGGAGUAACUAUCAGAGGUGCAAGUUGGAUCGAUAGCAUUCAGUUUAAGUAUGGUGGUACUCCAGGCCAACACGCGGGAGGCGAUGGAGGCAGUCCUCAAACUCUACAAUUUACUGAGAACGAAUUCAUUACGAAAAUCGUCAUCACACUGCACUAUUCGUUUGUUGAAUCGCUGACGUUCUAUACCAACUUGGCGACGUACGGACCUUACGGAGUUCCCACUACGACGGAGACUGUGUUAAACUUCACCAACGAACGCAGGCUGUCGUACAUUUCUGGACGUUACGGAACCUACCUUAACGCAAUAGCGUUCCACCAAGAGGCGGACUGUGGUCAGGAAAUUUUGAGCUGACUUUUGUUGAACGGAAACCUCACGUGACUGAAGUCACAAUGACUGACAAGCUUUCUUUCCCCUUACACAUCUGUCAUAUAAACACUCGUAUACACACGUGCGCGAGCACGCGCACAAGGAGAGAAAUAGAGAGAUAGGAGAACUUUGUGAUCAAACACCAAUAACAUUAUUCCAAAAUUUGUGAAGAUUGAAAAGAAAUAUAACGAGUUGUCAAAUACAUGUUUGUCACCGAGAGUCCAGUCGUUGUCUUGUCACUAUAAUUUCUGGUGCCGGGGAACCCGUUCCUAUAAAUAACAGUUGCAACUAAAUAUAAUAACAUGUUUGUUCUACAACCCUCUCGUUCUCAACUAGCACAACCAUCAGUUGCGCCAUCUACCGCAUUCAUUUGGAAGUUCACCUACCACAAUUUGCUCAGGGCGAGGUUUCACUACACAGACGAGACAU